GUUGAUUAAAGUUUCAAAGCGAUUUAUUUCUACUAAAAUUUCAAAUUGUGUUUGAAUUAUUUGGGUCUUAUAUUUUUUUACAAUGCAAAAAUUGAAGCAACGAAUUCUAAAUUGGUUUCGCCGAAACAGAAAGCGUAACCGCCCUGCCCCAGAAGAUACAAGUAAGGAUGACAAAGGGGAUAAGAAGGAUACAGCUGAAGAGGACCUGAAGGAGAUCGAUGUAGAGAUACCAUUACCUCCGGGAGAGGGCGAAAUGCCCUCCUACUUCCACGUGGGCUCUGCGGCCAAGGACUGCCUCAUCACCGGAUAUAAACUGGGCGCCUGGCAGCUGCAGUGCACCACAAAGACGAACCAGGAUUUCUACUUGAGCACCUUCGGCGAAGGCUAUCCGACCAUUGAUUCCGUCUUUGGGGGUGUGGAGGCUCUCAAGGAGAGCGGUAAUUGGAGUGUCUCCCUCGGCUGGUUGACCACCAAUGAAUAUGUGUCGGAGGUCGGAGUGCGUGCCAAGGGCCUCGGCAGUCAGUGGUACGCCCUGCUCAAGUCGAUGAUUGGCACGAAGGACGAAGUGACAUUUAAAAGCAAACUGAAGUGUGGCUUUGAGCGUAAUCCUGUGAAAGUGGAAGUGGUGGUGCCCCUCUACAACGAACCUCUUCUUUUGGGCUACGUAGUUGUAGCUCCAUUCGAAAAUUGGCUGCUGGGAUAUCGAGCAAGUUACAACAUGGAUGAUAAGGGAUUCGAUAAGCACGCUUUGUGCUUGGGCUACAACAAUGGGACGACCGAAAUUGGCCUUAAACUAGAAAAUUUUCAGGACUUGCGAGGAUCUAUCUUUCAACGGAUAGGCGAACGGUGGGCCUUUGCUAUCAAAUCGAACCUCUAUAAUUCAGAAAAUGUCAAACAGUUCGCAAUUGGCGUUCAGUAUGACUUUCAGAAUGGAUCAUUGCUAAAGGCCAAGCUGCGGCAUGACUCAAGAAUAGGGUUUGUCUAUCAAUCCAAACUUGGUGAAAAUGUUGACAUCAUGUAUCAUGCUGCUUUUGAUGGCGUGGAUCCGAUUGGUGGGAAUCAUAAGAUUGGCGUUGCUUGGCACUUCCAAUGUUAGAAGUACAUUUAAUUUUAUUUUUAUAACAUAAAAUCGUUGUCUUGUUGUUAUAUCAAAAUAUAAAUCGAUAGUAUCACAA